AUGCUUGAAACUGAAGAAGUUGAUAUUGAUUAUUUUACUCCGGCAUCUAGCACAUCUUUAGCAAAAAUUUUUAGUAGUAAUGAAGUAGACAGUGGACAAGAUACUUCAUUAAAAUAUGUGCCUCCUGUGCCAACCCAUACUACAACUAAGCCUGAAGAAAAUAAGCCAACACAAUGUGUAUAUGCAAGUGCUUUCCAUAUUUAUGAAUGGUGUAAUAACACUCACAUCCCCAAGGGUAAAUUGGGAUUUGCAAUAAUGAAGAUAUCCCAAACUGGUUUUCACAACCUUGUUAUAUAUAAUUCAGAGAAAAUUACUUUAUCAUGUCUUGUCCUCACUUCUGAUGUAACUCUCAACAUAGAUAGAGAUUGGAGGAUAUCAUAUUAUGACAAUAACAAAAGGUAUUGGAGUGUCUGUGCAACACAACCAGAAGUGAAUAAAAUAAUAGACAUUGUAAAACCUUUAAAUGUUCAGAUUAAAAACUCUAUUCAAACUGUAGAAGACACUCCUAGUAGUGUUGUCUCUGAAAAGGUUGAAGAAGACUCGGUGAAAAAUCUAAGUCAAGAUAGAGAAAGUGAUACUGACUCAUCAAUAGCUAACAAAAGAACUAAAGAGACAAUACUUAAAAGGAUGGCUUCUAUGGGUCAAUCUGUUUUGCCUCCUCCUCAAUUGACGUUCCAAACCAGUGAUUCAUCAGACAGUAACGACAGUAUGAAUGUACCAAAAAUAAGACAUAAGCCAUUAAAACUAAAUCCAAAAAAGAAUAUUGACAAAAAGAUAAAUGAAGAAGACUGCAAAAGUGAUACAAAUUUAAGCAUAACUACUAUGAAACCUAUAACUCAUACAGACAGUAUUUCACAUAUAAACAGUCAGGAAAUUGUACCAUUAACAACUUAUAAUAUCCAAACAAAUGACUUAUAUGUUUCCGAACAAAGGGUAGCUAAUACUGAAUUGAGAAUGAACAUGAACAAAAUGGGAGACAAAUUAGAUUUAAUAUUAGACAAAGUCAACAAUCUCAGAAAUAUGGAACCUCUUCAACAAAGUUCAUCAACAUUUCAGAAUGAGAUUGUAUUGAAACUUUUAGGUGAAUAUGAGACAAAAAUACAAAGGUAUGAAGAGUUUCUCAAAUUGAAGGGCUUUGAUUGCAAUAAAUUUGAACCUUCUACUGUAAGUACUAAAGAAAAACAUGUACAAAGCCCAAUUGAAACUAAUACAAACUCUAUCUGUCAAGAUAAAGAUGAUGAGAUAUUACAUCUCAGAGCUGAAGUUCAAAUAUUAUCAACAAAAUAUGAAGAAAACAUUGAAAUUAAAAACACUGAAGUCAAUAACAUGUCUCAGGAAAUAAAUGAAUUAAAAGAAGAAUUGCUCAUAAAAGACAAAGAAAUCAAGGAUUUAACAAAGAAAAUUGAGAGUUUUUCAAAUCUCUCAGUCGUUAGACAAGCGCUGCAAGCCACCCAGGAUGCUAAUGAACGCGAAUCACUUUCUGUAUUGCAAUCAGAACUACAAGAGCUUAUCAGUCUUACUAAGGAAAGUAUGAACGUACAACAAUCGACUGUAAAUGAUAAUAAUCAAUGUGAAAAUGCAACAGAAUCUAAUGGCCUUGAUGAAGAAUAUGCACUGUUUAUGAAAGAGAUGGAUGAAAGUGAUGCAGCAAAUGUUAAGGGCAAAAACGCUACAGAAGAUGACAAAGAUAGUGAUAUAGAAGAUGAAUUGGCCAGUCUUCUUGGGAUGAAAUGUUCUGUGUAUCAUACACACACUUGGGGAGGUCAACCAACUUUACACAAUGCGAUGGUGGGAUCUGUAGUACCUCGACAAGAUGAUGACCAAUUUAGUGACUUACAAGUUCGAGUACUUUUUACACAUCCAACACACACUGAAAUGUUGCCAUGCCCCUUUUUCUUGAAUGGAGAAUGCAAAUUUAGUGAUGAACAAUGUAGAUACUCCCAUGGAAAAGUUGUUCAACUAUCCAGCUUAAAGGAAGCAAUUGAACCAAACUAUGAAGGCUUAAAAGUAGGCAGCAGGAUUUUAAUGAAACUUAAACCGCCAGAUGAUGAGGAUAUGAGCACAGUUAAAAAGUCAACAGAAAAAUAUCAUCUUUGGCAGAGAGCUAUAGUAACUGGUGUGGAUUUAGAUAAGAGGACAUGUGUUGCUAAGUUGGAACAUGGUGGGAAGAUUGGAGAGAAAAGAAAAGUUGUUUCAGAUGAAUUUCAUCUGAAGUUUGAAGAAUUUUUUCCACUUGGAUCUCAAGAUGACAAUGACUCGGACUCAGACAGUAUAAGUGACACAGAGUAUCCUGAGUUAAAGAGUAGCAAAAGAAAUGAUGACAACACCACUUUGAUAGGAGACAAUUUACAUAUUAAUGGUCCAGCAAUGGGGGAGUGGGAACGUCAUACUAGAGGCAUGGGGUCCAAGAUUAUGUUAUCAAUGGGUUAUGUCCCGGGUACAGGCUUGGGUGCAGCAAGUGAUGGUCGUUUGUUACCGGUUGAGGCUCAUAUCAUGCCUUCUACAGCCUCCCUUGAUAGGUGUAUGGAGUUAAAACAAAAAGCUGCUGGGAAAGACGCAUUCUUAGUUGAAAAGAGACUUAAAAGAUUACAAAAGAGAGAAGAAGAACGCAGUAAACGUGCUUACGAAAGGGAAAAAGAAAUGGAGAGAAGGAAUGUUUUUAAUUUCCUCAACAAUACAUUAGGCGAUAAAGUUGAUAUUGAUACAGAACAAUCAAGAAGGGCCCCAACAGUUGACGUUAAACAAUCGUCUAGCAAAGAUUUGAACAUAGAGAAAUUCAAGUUGGAAGAAGAUAGCAAACGGAUUGAAUGUGAGAUAAUUAAACUAAAUUGUUCAUUAGCAAAAUAUCCAUCACAGAGUAAUGGCUACAGAAGCAUUAGCAGUCAAAUAGCAGAGAAAAAGAGAGAACUCGAUCUGCUGCAGAAGAAAGAAAAGGAAAUAACAAAAGAACAAAACCAGAGGAAGGAUAAGCAGAAGAUGACGGUGUUUUAG